GCUCACCGCUGCUGUUUUGGAAUUUUUAAUUUUAUCUGAACACCCCCGCAAACAGCGGUUAGUGGAAGAUUCCGAAAAUGGCGGCGGUUUCUGUCAGUGUGGAGUGAAACUUUCCUAUUAUUAGCAAAGAUUUAGUCAUUUUCCGACACAUUUGGUCGACUGCAGUUGUCUGUUUAGUGAAGUAAGCAUCACCGGAACACAGAGACGUUUGACAGCGAUCGCCAGGACCGAGCGGCGUCACUGUGGGCUCCGUUUUUGAUCGCCAAAUCGCUGGGCUUCCCUCGAAGUUGAUGGUGGCUAAGUGCCUGACAUUGCGAUCAUACCGACUGUUGUUGUCAUCAGAUUGCUUAACGCGGGGCCGUCAGGUGAGAUUGGCCGUUGGUUGAGCAGCUAGUUAGCUAGCCGGUCAAAGUGCGUCGAAAACGACUCGGCGGCUUCUCGUUCAGCUGGAUUCUGUCAGGGCUGGUCGGAGAUCCUGAGGACGUGUCACGUCACCUGUCAGUUGAAAUAAAUAGGUGGUGUUGGAUGUCACCACCACUCAGUGUCAGGCUGAAUUUGGUUUGCUAGCGUCGUCCAUCCUGGCAAAUCAGAUGGAGAAGCUCCAGGACCUCAGCCAAUCAGAGCUGCAGGAGCUCCUGGACAACCCAGAGAGGGUGGAGUCUAUGGCUCUGGAGUCUGACGAGAUCCAGAACAUCCAGCUGGAGAGAGAGAUGGCGCUGGCAUCAAAUCGCAGCCUGGCUGAGCAAAACCUGGACAUGAAGCCUCGUCUGGAGUCAGAGAAGGAGGUGCUGGUGGAGAGAUAUUCCCAGCUGGAGGCCAUCAGAGAAAAGUACAGACAACACUGCUCCCUGAGAGAUGGGAUGGUGGGUGAGGUGUCUCCAGAGGCAUUGUUCUCCAGACUACAGACAGAGGGCAGCAAAACGGAGGCAGAGUCAGAGGCUCUAGCUGAUGAGUUUCUGGAGGGCUCUCUGCCAUUGGACUCCUUCCUCGACCGCUUCCUCUCCCUGCGCUCCCUCGCUCACAAAAGACGGGUGCGGAUAGAGAAACUCCAGGAGGUCCUACGACAGAGGAGCGAGGGCAAUCCUAACGCCAUGACAUCAUCAACAGGCGUCAGCCAAGACCCCGCUGCCACAGCCUCACCAUGGAAUCAACACACGACAACAACAACAACGACAAAUCAGCAGCAGCCAAACUCCAAACCUCAGUCCUCCAGCUACCAAAACACCUCCUCAUCUGCAGGGGGCUCCUCCGGCCUUCCCUAUAGCCCGUACCCUGUCUCCCCGCCCAACCCUCCCCCUGCAGCGGCAGCAGCCUCCGGCCCGACCAUCCCUCCGUACCCAGGUUCCGGCUCACCUUUCACCCCAGCAGGGAGCUUCUCCGGGCCCAGGCCCGCCUUUGGGCCUCCGGCUGCAGCUGCCUGCCCUUACCCAGCCCAGCCCUCCUUCCCCACCCCACACCCCGGCUCAGCAUUCGGCCAGUACACCCCGAGUCACCCCCCGAGCGGCCCCGCUCCCUACCCGGCCUCCUACAGCUACGGCGGCUACAGCUACCCAGCCGGGCCCUCAUAUUCAAAUUCUCAGUCGCCAACGGGGAGACCCAUCUACAGACCAGGAUAUGGAGUCCCACAGCCGUACUCAUGAAAGCACUACUGCUCCUCUGUCUCAAUUCUUCCCUUCUUUGCUAUCUCACCCCUUUUUCCUCCCUCCUCCCCUUAACUCCAGUUUCCUCCACCCUAAUUCCCUCUCCUCCUCUUUUUACCUUUUCUACCCUCCCUCUUCUUUUUCCCCCGUGCUGAGAGAGGUCUCUCGCUUUACUUAUCUUUGUUGCACUAUUUCUCUCUUUCUCUAAAUAUCAGUCUGUUGAUCUCUCCGUCUUUCUCUUGUUCCUUUUCCUUCUCUCUGUCACCCUACGACCCACCAACUCCCCCACACUAGUCUCAGGUUGUUGCGUUGUGUUUAAGUGUUAAAACACUUGUAUCUGGCCCUUCAUACACUCACUCUCCUCCCUCUCUCCAUCGCUCCCUCCCUCCUCUUCCAUUUCUUGUGUGUAUGUGUGUGUGUGUGUGUGUGUGUGUGUGUGUGUGUUUGUUGCUAUUUGGCAAUCAGAAAGUCCUUAUAAACACACAAGUGCACUCCCCCUUAUGACAAAUACAUGGAUAAAAAAACAGUCUUUGUAACACCUCGUCAGUGUCCAGUAGCUGUCUGAUCAGAAUCUGUCUGGAUCACAUUGUUGUUCAUGAGCACAGUCUGCAUUGAGAAAAUGACUCGUAAUGGAAGCUUCAUGUCCUAGGCUAGCUUUGUGACCCUGGGGCUAAUAAAAUGCAAUUAAAUUGGCAAAGUGGAUGGCUGUCACAAAGUAUGGCUCUUACGUUAUGUCCAUUUAAGAUGGAGGGUUUUGAGAGAACCAUAUCCUCAGCUGUAGCUGCUUGGUCUAUCAGCUCUUCCACACACUUACAUUAUAAACACAAAUAUGGCAGGUGAUUUUCAUUAUGCACAAUUGCCUGUGGACAGUGGGCAGAGGAACCAUCAGUGUCACCGGUCAACCUUUAUUUUCAUCAACCAAAGAUCCUCGUAACAAUGACAGUGUUUUAGGUUUUCCUUUUAAUUUAACGUUAUGGUUGAAAUAGCCAGAGGUAGUUGGUGAGCUUCUGCAGCUGGCUAGCUAACAGCUAAAACACUAGUCACUUAGUAAAAAUAGUAGUGAACCAAGCUUUUUCUGUGUGUUUGUUCUCAGAUUUGUUCAUCAUUUAAUAAAACAUAAGAGUUACUUAAGAUGGGGAAAAAAACUCUCCAGGCUAAGCAAGCUCUUUAGCUUCUGUCUGAAGUCAGUUUCAAUUUUGUGCAGGAGACAGAACAAAUGUAAACAGAUCCUGUCUCUCAAUAAGCCACAUAUCAGCCUAGUGCCAGGACUACACAGAUUAUUUGAGAGCUUUCCAAGAAGCCCCUGCAACACUUUAAGUGGCGACCCAAGGUCUAUUUUAAACCACACUUUCUAAGCCUUCAUUUGUUUACUACAUUCAAGUCACAGAAAUAAGCCACUGUUUUCCUGAAUAAUAAGUUUAAAACUGCUGCACUAAUUGACUUUGAGCUUGUUAAUAAUUCUCUGUAGGUUUGUGUCUCUGAGAGAUAGGAAUAAUGGCUUGGAUGAAUUAGCUAACGUUAUCCACAGGCCAUAUUUUGCUACGUUAGCUAGCUAACAAUUCAUCGGUUAACAAGCAAGCUAGCGUUAACUAAUAUUAGCAAGCUAAAAUCACAAUAUAUCUCACGUCAGUGGAUUUUUUUAAAGCAGCAGGGGCACUAUCAGAUCACUAAUGAGAUCCCUCUGCCUUACUCUCCGCUUCUAGGGUGCUACUUCACCAGGAGGAGAGCGGAUGGCAGCUCUGUAGAUGGACCUAAGCUGCUGUACCAACUCAAAUUCAGCCAGCAAACACCCCAGUGCCAGGAACCACAGCGGGUUGCUGGCCAGCGGCAUUGGUGAUUUCACCUGUGUAUUGGCAGCAACAGAAAGUUUGGUGAUUGGGUGGGGAGUCAGCGCAGGAUCAGACCCUCAAUGCUGGCUGGAUUCAAGUUGCAACCACGCUAAGGGCUGUGUCUGGAGCUGCCAUCUUCUUUCCUCUUGACAAAGUUGUGUGUUACAGCUGCAAAAUGUAUGUAACAGAAACACAGCAUGUGUGAACUCUGUUGUGGUGGCUGCCAGUCAUUUGAUGACGUUAGCAUACUUUCUUAGCUAACGUCAGCCAGUGUUGCACACUGUUAGUGCUGUAGCGGAGCUGAAGAAAGGCAAGGUACUCAGGAACGUGUCACAGAUAGAUAGAAGUUAGUAGAUAGAAGUUAGUCCACAGGCUGUUAUAGGCAACUGAGAAGUCAGAGAAGGUCAGUUUCCUUACAGCCUGUUGACACAUUGGCAAUAAAAAAUGAUGAAUACAUGUAAAAAGUAAGGUACAGUACCUUUAAAUGGCUAAUGUGAGAAACAGAUUACCACUUGUCCAACAAAUAUUAUUAAACUCCAUCUCAGAACCGAAGUUUUUCUGAGUCUUGAAGCCCUUUUCACCUUUCAAAUAUUUAACUUGUUCAGGGGUCCUGGGGGGAUUAGACUGUUCCCAGCAAAUACAUAGAGCCAGAUAGGUUUGCCUGUUUGUUAACAUGUGCAAAUCCCCAUUGAUAACAUUUGGUGCUUUUGUGCUUAGAGCAAGUAAACUGAAAAAGUCUUAAGUGGGUUAGAAGUGUAAGCAAUGAAAUAUAGAUAGUCUGAUGGAGAUUUAGGGGGAGUUAGGAGCACUGUAGUCCCGUAGUUACACCCUGACUUGAGACAGUGAUACCUGCUGCAGUCUGUCGUUCACAGACCAGUUUGACUUCUUUGUCCCCUCUUUGUCUGUAUUCUCCGCACCAACACUCCUCUGUCGUCCCUUCCUUCUCUGUCCUGAUCUCCUCUCCAUCUCUCUUCCUCUUCACAUCUGCUUGUUGAAUAUGAACUGAUGCUUGACAAUGAUUACCAGGAGAAAAUAGUUUUAUUUCUAUAAGUUCACACUAUCACUGAGAAUACAUGUGGUCUGUAUAGUUCAAUUGAGUGAACAUGUAAAGGUUGGUGAUCAGUUCUGUGUCAAUUGAAUCAAUUCAAAUAUAAUCAUUGAAAUUGCAGUGUAGGUAACUGAAAGCUCAUUUAUGGAUCUUUAAGAAGUCCAUAUCACCUCUCUAAAUUUGGAAUAACCAUCAGACUAUACUGUCAUGAAAAUGUUACCUUUUAAUGUAAUAUUUCAUCUGUCGACUAAUCUGUUUUGUCUUCUGCAUCUUCUCUCAGCCUCUUCAGAGCACUUUAUUAGUAUAAGUAUCACGAUUUUAAAAGCAGCUAUACAGUUAAAUAUUCUCUUCUCGAUAUUAUUGUAGCACCCUCAUAGAGCCCUCAAGUCCUAAAAUUCUAACCCAACUCAAAACGUCAUCUGUGAAGUUGGAUAACUGGUUGCUGAAACAAUGUCAGGAAGCAUGUCUGUAAACUAACAUGCUAAUAUUGUCGCAUACACGUGUUGGAAAUUCAACCAAGCUGUAUCUUGAAGUGAUUGAAUUGACUUCAAAUUGGUCCCAGCCUUUAAAAUAAUGUACUGCUGUUAACACUCCCCAAAAACAAAGCAAGGGAAUCAUUGAAGGUAGCUCAAUGUGAGUACUGAGGUUGUAGUGGUCAUUGAAUUACAGUUUGAAAAGUGUAAAUGCAGCGAGAUGAAGAAAGGUAGAAGCUAGACGUGCUGUAGCAGUUAGUGGUUGUGUGAUCGAAGGGAGAGCAGCGUGUCGUAUACACAAAUACACAGCAUUGUCACACAAUUUUUAUUUUACAACACUGCAUGUCUGAAGUUGUUGCCCAGAGAAUCCAGAAGAGAAUCAUUUGCUUAUUUUAUGUCAGAAGGGACUUUUACAUUUUGGAUUAUUUAAUAGAGUUGUAAUCUGUGCUGAGUCUUACUUAGAAUCUUUCAAAAUCCAAGAUAAUAACGGACAUUUAUGGCACAGAUGUGUCCACUUUUUUUCUCCUCUGUUUAAAAUCUGACUGGUUGUGUGAGCGCUCACUUUGUUUGUGUGAUUUGACUCAGUUAUAAAGUUUAUCUACCAAGUCCACUGAUCUCCUGUCAGUUAUCAUAUCCGAUAGAAAUGAUGGGAAACAAGAUGAACACAAGACUGGCUGGUUUUAAAAAAAAAAAAAAAAAAAAAAAAAAAAAUCAUUUAAAACAAUAGGCUACUUCACCCACAAAAUGACCAUUUAUGUAUCAGUUACUCACCAUGGUAUGUUAAAUUUCUGAAGGAAACUUUGUUUUUCCUCACACACCUGCAUGAUGAAUGGAGAAUCCAAAAAAUGUGGAACAUUUGUCAUGAUUUGAAAUUACUGGGGACCACUUUAACAACAGCAAAACUAUAUGAAAACAUAAUUUUACAAACUCUUACACAGUUUGUGUAAUAUAACAGAAUGUCUCAUUUAUCCAGUCGUAUGCUCACUGCUUCCCAAACACAUGCAUUUUCGCCAAAAUUUUACAAUUUAAAACACUUCCGCCAUACAAGUAGUGCGCCAUGAGCAUGGCCAGGCAUGUGAGUGUGUAUGAGCUCUGUUUGAGCAGAGUUCAGACGCAAACAUGAAUGUGCAUGAAAGUUUUAGAGAAAAUACAUGCGUUUGGGAAGUACUGAGCACACAACUGAAUAAAUAAGACUUAAAUACUGCACGAGUUCUGUGAGAGAUUGUCAGAGGAUGUUUUGGUAUAGUUUUGCUUUUGUUAAAUGUUGACCCCAGUCACUUAGAUUUCUGAAAAAUCUUAGCCUUUUUUUGGAUUCUGCGUUCCUUGUGGAGGCAUACAAGAAAAACAAAGUUGUUUUCACAAAGUCAAGGCAACCUGGUGAAUAAUUGAUAAACAACUGGUCAUUCCUUGAAGUGGCUAGUAACAUCUCUGGUAUCAAAUGCUCACAGAUAUUCAAUUCAAAAUUAUCUGUUCACACUGUGUUCUUCAUGUUCAGAGCUAAAUGUGGACAUUGAGUAUGUGCUGUGUAAUAUAGAAUAACAAAAUGCAUCUCUAGCAUUUCACAACUACAGCUCCGUGAUGUUUUGACAAUAUAAGCAUGUCAGAAGAGUCCAUUUGGAGCUGCAGUUGUAUUUGUAGAGGACAGUGGGCGUUCUGCACUUCCCAAAGAUCGCACAACAUUUAAAGAAGUCUGUGUGGCACUGUAUCAUAUAUCUUUUCUUGGAAAUGACAACAUGGACAAACCUCAUCCAACCAUGUGCCCAGCCACUUGUUAACUUCCUCAACACACUGAAACAUGGGUGAUGUUAGCGGCCGACUCAGAAAUCUCAUGGCCGUAAUUCCAGAGCCUCCAGAAUACUUAAAAUGACAAUGUUUCCUUGUUGUCACAUGGUUUGAUGAGGAUGGCCUUUUCUGCACUAUUAGCAUUGUUUCUUUGCUGACAGAGAAUUUUCUACAGCAAAGAGCCACCGAUGUUAUACGAUCGCAACAGCAAAAUUGCUUUUGAUUGAUGUGUUGGAUCACUCUUCUGUUAGAUCGAUCAGCAAAGGUUCAGAAUAGACACGUAUUUAGCAGAAAGUGCCAUGGAUUGCUCACAUACUGGUUGCAAUGAGAGAAACAGUCCAGAUGCUCUUCAUGGCAGCCCUGUACUGGUUUGAUAUUGUGUUGUAGCAUAAAGGCUCUCUGCUACAUGAAAUCAACAAAGGGUUAGAAAAGAUCUGCUGGCUAAGAAUGACUGCAGUUUGGUGUGUAUAUUAAUACCUACAGACAAACAGCAGUUAUUUUGGAUAUACGUCAGAGGUAUCAUCCUUUAUAAAGCAUUAUAAGCUGUAACUAAAGGCUUUAAUAAUGGUUGAUAAAAUAUGUGUGAAUGGUUCAUAGGUUAGUUUAUCUUUUAGCAUAGAUAGCAUUAUAAAAUAUGUCAAAUUAUUGUAACUAGGUGGCUGCAGCUCUUCAUAAAUCUGUCAUUAAUUUUUACUACUUUCAAACUAAUGAUUUACUAAAUUAGGUGGCACCUUUAGAAAUUAAGAAAUGUAUUAGCUCAUAAAGACCUUAAUGAUGUGUGAAUUGAUUGAUAGGAAACAAGGAGUUCAUGUAGCAUUACACGCUACAUGCUAACAAUAAAUGCCAGUUUGGGAACCAAACAAUGAAACUUAACUGCCAAUACUUUGUAAAUGUAGUUAGAACUUUGUACAAACAUAAGGAAAUGUGUGAGCAUCAGAGUUGUAGGCCUACUCAUGCAGAAUGAGUAGGAAAUGUCGGAUCAUGCUAGCAUAGCUAAUGUCAUUAGGCCAUUUAGUGUAGUGCAUAACAUUUUGCCUAUUUGGGGUAUGUUACCUUAUAUUUGCGAAGUAUCAUUUAAAAUCUUCCCAGUUUGUUAUUAGACAAGAUUUUGAUCAGGUGUCAGGUCACAUGUGUCAUCCAUAUCCAGCUAUAUGUGAGCAAGCUAACGUCAGUUUUGUUCGUUAGCUAAACUACUGUUAGUGUGUGCAUAUCAAGUAAUAACUAACCUCUAGAAAGAUAUAUGCAGAAUCUGUAGGCAACAGGACAAGAGUUUUGUAUCGGAAGCAUUCUGGUUACUGUGUGUAGUCCAAGUAGUGUCGACCAAUAAUGUUUGGGGCAGGUUAACAGUCUGUGUGGAGAGGCAGAAACCAUUGGCCCAAAUGCAAUGUUGGAAACCGUCACCUAUUGUCUGAUGACAGUUUAUCUGUUUAUAGCAGGCCCUCAGGAAGUGUGCCAGGCUUUGAAGCCAAUUUUUGUAAUGGCCAAACUGUGGGAUUACGUAUGUCACAUGAUGCCAUUUGACUUUUUCCCAUUGACAUGGCAAAAGAGACGUCUGUAAAUCAGUGGAUACAUUUUUUUGAGCACCACAAACCCCGUGAAAUGACUCUAUUCAAUAUCAGAUUUUGAUAAAUUUGGUCCAGUAACAUGUGGAAGAGCCGUACGAUUGAACCAUUUCAUCUCCAUUCAAGUUAGCCGAGCACUAAACCAGAAUUACCUUGCCGGCCUGACCUAUAGAAGUCUCAAGUGUGCCUACUCUAUGGGCCACAGUGAGGAAGCAAUGCCAAUCAUGCCGAUUAUUUUAUAUAAGGCAGUUUAACUUUUUUGGCUUCGUACGCUACUGAGCAACUUUCAUAUGCUGCAUCCAGUUCUCUUAAUUAAUCAUUGGUUUUUAGAGAUUAGCUAAAAUGACUGGCACACAGAAGAGGAAGUCUUGGCUGCCCUUGGCCCAGAUAUCCACUGGCCAGUCCCGAAAUAUUGGCCGUUGCCCCCAGAGAGUUAUCGCUAUCAGACCGAUAGUCGAUUGGUGCUGAGAUUAAUUAAUAAGUAAUCUUUAUGUAAGAACUAGUUUGUGUGGCAAACCUGUUUUAAUUAAGUGGUGCAUAAAUCUUAAACAGCUGGCAUUAUCCCCCAGAGGGACACGUCUUUUGUCUUCUUAGCUCAGGAAUUUAAUAAUCCUCCUUUGAUCUCUGACACUCUGGACCAAAAACCAUUGAUUAACUUAUUAACAUUUACAGCUGCAGACCUGAUGGCUUUGUAGACAGUAAAAAAAAAACACAUAAACAUUUAUUAAGAAUUCCAAACAGGUCAAUGGAAUUAUUCUCAACCUGCCAAUCCAAAAUGUGUCUUAUUAUUUUACAACUGCUAAACUUCAGUAAAUGAUUAGUUAACCAUUAAUAAAUAAGCCAUUAGUUACACUGUAUAAUCCCUUUGUAAAGGGGGUCUUAACAGACUUUGUUCCCCUACAAUACACAACCAAACACGAUAUCUCUCAGCAGGUCAGAAAGCUAAUCAGACUGACAGUAUCAUGCAUGUGAUAGUGCAUGCUCCACCUGAACUGCUGCUGCCACACGAUGGCACAAGCUAACAGACUGACACAGUCUGGGUUUGACACAUCUUGUGUGACCUGUUGUCAGUCAGUCUUGUUGUAUAUUUGUAUGAGUGUGUCAUGUCGACCCCCACAGUGAGGAUCAGUCAGGUGUGGCUCUGCUCACAGGACAUGAUGUGCAUGAAGAGUAAAAAGGCCGAGGGAAGAAGGCCUGUCGAUGUCCUGUUGCUGCAGUACUUACAGUAUGGUGCUGACAUAAUUCUCUCUAUAUCACCUGUGUUUUAGUUCGGUCUUGUACUCGCCACACGCAGACCAGUGUUUUGGUUGAGUCAACACAACAAGGCGACUCCACUUUAGAUGACGAUACUGAAAUACUCUUGAGCAUGACGAAGUUUUUCAUAUCCAACUUUAAGACAUGAAUGAUUCAGGUGGGUUUGUACUGAGGAGAAAGAGUGACUGUGUUUUAGAAGAAGCACAAAGAUGAUGUUCUAAUAUAGUCUAGCAUUAAUAUUAUCCAGAGGGAAAUAAUGUUCAGACGGAUUUAUCUGUUCUUCUGAUGGUGAUGAAUUAUAUCAUGUUAAUGAUGACUGCAGAUUGUUAAAAGAGCCUUUUUUGUUUUCUUUCUCUUUUUUUGGGUUGUGACUAAUUAAACAGAAGUUGAUCUAAA